AUAUUUUGUUACGAUGCCUAAACCUAUGAAUGUGGCGAGGUGAUCACGAUAACGACAAUAACGCCACACUUGCGAACUUUGACCCAGUAUUCUACCACCGAGGAUUUUGCUUAUUUUCCCAGUUAGAAUGAUGACCCGUCAACCAUAUAUAGUCUAUAUUACAUAAGGGAGACCAACAGUCACGCCGACAUAUUUAGCAACAACUGUCAGUGUGUGUAGCUGCGGAAGGGCUCGGUUAAAUGCAGACGUAUUUGUGCAAUGUCAUCACCGUUAUACCGUAAAACUGACAAAAACUAGAUUAGCAUGAAACUUAUUCUUGAAUCACAGUAUCUCACUAAACUGUGAGAGAUAAUAACAUUAUCUAUAACGUAUUACUUAUUGUGGUGUUCAAUCACAUGUUUACCUCAAUCUGAGUAAAAUAACUCGAGGGGGCAGUGGGGUUGAGGACUGGUCAAAAGGGCCACAGACGCCCUAGUCAAAACGGCCACAUCAAAAAAUAUAUUUAUGAAGCAUAAAUACGAUGCAUGGUCAUGCAUUCUCCAUGUGUGUGAAAUUCCGAAUCUAAUUAACUUGUGUCAGCUGUGUAUACUGAUAUCACCCAAGAGCCAAGAGAAUUUAAAUGGGGUGACAUAGGUUUUAACGUUACAUUUAGGAUUAUAGCGAUGCGUGUGUGUGCGUGCAGUAUCAUCCAGUAUCAUCUUAUAAUGUCUUUUAGUAUGACAUGCUUAGGGGUCAAGUAUGUAUGCUGGGUCAAGUGUGUAUGCUAGGUCAAGGGUGUAUGCUGGGUCAAGUGAGUAUGCUGGGUCAAGUGUGUAUGUCAGGGCAAGUGUGUAUGCCAGGUCAAGUGUGUAUGCCAGGUCAAGUGUGUAUGCUAGGUCAAGUGUGUAUGCUAGGUCAAAUGUGUAUGCCAGGUCAAGUGUGUAUGCCGGGUCAAGUGUGCAUGUUGGGUUAAGUAUGUAUGCUGGGUCAAGUGUGUAUGCCGGGUCAAGUGUGUAUGCUAGGUCAAGUGUGUAUGCUUGGUCAAGUGUGUAUUCCAGGUCAAGUGUGUAUGCUGGGUCAAGUGUGUAUGCUGGGUCAAGUGUGUGUGCCAGGUCAAGUGUGUAUGCCGGGUCAAUGCCAGGUCAAGUGUGUAUGCCAGGUCAAGUGUGUAUGCUGGGUCAAGUGUUUAUGCUGGGUCAAGUGUGUAUGCUGGGUCAAGUGUGUAUGCCAGGUCAAGUGUGUGUGCUGGGUCAAGUGUUUAUGCUGGGUUAAGUGUGUAUGCUGGGUCAAGUGUGUGUGCCAGGUCAAGUGUGUAUGCCAGGUCAAGUGUGUAUACCAAGUCAAGUGUGUAUGCUGGGUCAAGUGUGUAUGCCAGGUCAAGUGUGUAUGCCAGGUCAAGUGUGUAUGCCGGGUCAAGUGUGUGUGCAAGGUCAAGUGUGUGUGCCAGGUCAAGUGU